AGCCGCGCUCUUAUGUGAUCUCGCGCUUCUUCGCUUCAUGUGCUUCUCAGCCCCAAUGUCUCUCAAUCUGCUUCAAUCGAUCCCUUCCCAGCCAUCGCUUGCUGACUUCUAUGCUUCUGCCCUUCAGACGUGCCUACGGACGGAGAACCUCUCCGUGGGGAGAUCCAUCCACGCCCAUGUCAUCAAAGCCGGGCUCCAACUUGGUAUCUACCUUGCCAACAAUCUCAUAUGCCUUUACGCCAAGUUUGGGGUUUGCGAAGAUGCCCACCAUGUUUUCGAUGAGAUGCCCAUCAAGGACGCGUUCUCGUGGAAUACGGUCUUGUCUAUGUAUGCAAAACAUCGAAUGAUUCGCAUGGCGAACAAUAUGUUCGAUAAAAUGCCCCAAAAGGACUCGGUUUCUUGGACCACAAUGAUUGUUGGACUGAAUCUAAUGGGUCAAUUUGAACGGGCGGUUUGCAUGUUUUCUGACAUGAUUCGGAUCAGGGCUCCGCCAUCACGGUUCAUAUUAACCAAUGUGCUUUCGUCAUGUGCGGUCCUUGAGGCGUUGGAUUUCGGUAAGGAGGUGCAUUCUUUUGUGGUUAAGCUCGGGCUUGGUGGUGUUGUUUCUAUCGCCAAUUCCCUUAUCAACAUGUAUGGAAAGUCCGGUGAUGUAGAUACCGCAAAGGCUGUUUUCAAUGGGAUGACACUGAGGAGUGUAUCGAGUUGGAAUUCUAUGAUUUCCUUGUUUGCUCAGUCUGGAAGGAUGGAUCUUGCUCGGGAAAAAUUUGAGGAAAUGACUGACCAUAAUAUUGUUUCUUGGAGUGCAAUCAUUGCAGGGUACAAUCAGAAUAACUUGAAUAAGGAGGCACUGGAGUUGUUCUCGAGGAUGCUUAAUGAUCAAUCUGCAGUCCCUGAUAAUUUCACGUUAACCAGUGCUCUAGCUGCUUGUGCUUACCUUGGGAAACUGGAACUGGGAAAGCAGAUUCAUUCACACAUCUUAAGAACUGCAGUUCCAUGUCAUGGGCAGGUUAGGAAUGCUUUGAUCUCAAUGUACUCCAAGUCCAGUGGGGUUGAAAUGGCUCGAAGGGUCUUCAAACAAACCAUGGUUUCUGAUCUCAAUGUAAUAGCCUUUACUUCACUCCUUGAGGGUUAUGUUAAGCUUGGAGACUUGCAACCAGCUAGAGAAAUCUUUGACUCAAUGAAGUAUCAUGAUGUUAUUGCUUGGACAGCUAUGAUUGUGGGGUACGUGCAAAAUGGUUUAAAUAGUGAAGCUAUGGAACUUUUUAGGUUGAUGAUUGACAAAGGUCCUAAGCCGAACAGUUACACUCUGGCCGCAAUGCUGAAGGCUUGUUCCAGCUGGACAUCCUUGGAUCAAGGCAAGCAGAUUCAUUGUAAAGCUAUCAGAUCGGAGGGGCUGUCAGUUUCUGUAAGCAAUUCCCUUAUUACCAUGUAUGCUAGAUCUGGAAGCAUCGCAGGAGCAAAGAGAGUGUUCAAUCAGAUUUGUCAGAGUAAGGAAACUUUUUUAUGGACUUCAAUGAUCAUAGCUUUGGCUCAACAUGGACUAGGAGAAGAAGCUAUAGGCUUGUUUGAAAAGAUGAUCAACAUAGGUGUGAGACCUGACGAUAUAACAUAUGUUGGUGUUAUUUCAGCUUGUACACAUGCAGGACUGGUAGCAAAAGGGAAACAUUAUUUUCGACAGAUGCAGACGAAACAUAUGAUCCAACCCACACAGAGCCAUCAUACAUGCAUGAUUGAUAUGCUUGCACGUGCUGGUUUACUUCAGGAAGCCCAAGAGUUUAUAAACAUGAUGCCAAUGGAAGCAGAUGCUAUAGCAUGGGGGUCGCUUCUGUCUGCUUGUAAAGUUCAUAAAGAUGCUAACAUGGCAAAGAUUGCAGCAGAAAAAUUACUGGCUAUUGAUCCUGAUAACAGUGGUGCUUAUUCUGUGCUUGCUAGUGUAUAUUCUGCAUGUGGAAGAUGGGAUGAUGCUGCUAAGAUUUGGAAGCUAAUGAAGGAUAAAGGAGUGAAAAAGGAGCAAGGAUUUAGCUGGAUAAACAAUGAAUAAGUUUUAUGUAUUUGGGUUGGACAAUUGAUUGCACCCACAGAGAGAUGCAACAUUUCAGAUGGCUUUAAAGCUCUGGAAUGAAGCUUAUAUCCAAAGUUGUAGGAAGGGAUAUCGCCAUGUCACGAUGCUUUGUGCUUUCAUCUACAACUAUCCAGAUGAUUGGUAUUUAUUCAGGAGAUUUUGGCCUAAUAACAGACAAGUACAGUUACUGUAAAUUCCACUGUAUACCAUACUACCAACAAGGAAAAAUUAGUAAGCUGAAGAUAUCUUUCUGGGGUUGAGACCCAGCAUGGCCUUUGCAGCAGAGGAUAUACUGCAGUGGCCACUAGUUCCUCCCCAAUUGUAAUUUAUAACCCUUUGGUUAUAAAGCCAUAAAUUUAUGGCCUUUGGCUUUCAUGAGAAAUAGGUGGACCUGAUAUCAGGGGGCAUUAUAAACAACACCAUACGACCUAAAAUUCCAACUUGGUGUGAUCCUGAGUGGAAGUCCCUGAUGGAAAGUUGUUGGUCUUCUGGUCCAGCAUUGAGGCCUUCAUUCUCUGAGAUAUCUCAGAAGUCGAGGAAAAUGGCUGCAGCGAUCAAUUUGAAAUGAAGCUUGACUACAAAUGCAAUAGAGUCUUCUUUCCGUAUUCUUCUCUCAAUCGUCGAGAAAAAUCAAAGAUACACACUGCAAGCUUUAUUGCAUUUGCCACAUAGCAUACAGGAUCUCGGUGGAUGGAUCCUUAGGGAUCUAUGGACAUUGUCAGUGCUACCAUACAUAGCAUAAUUGCUCAGGUGCAAGAACAUAAAAUAAGUGCAGCUAUUCUUGCCUUUAUCAUUCAGCGAUUAGUGUGUCAAUGUAAAUUCCAUGUGUUGUACUGGCAAUGUUUGCUCGCUUGCUUGCCUCUCUCUGUAUAACCUUUUUUGUGGAAAAGAUUGAUCACACAGCUAAAUUGACUUGUAUCUGAAAUAUUUGUCUUAGAUUUUGGUAAUGGUUUUAAUUCAACGAUUUAGAA